AUGUCCACCAAGUUUCCCACUACUACCGUCACUCCCAUCGAAAUGGUGUCUCAAGCUCAGGUCCUCGAUCGCUCCGUCCCGCCGCAAAGCGCUGCCUCCUCCGUGUCGCGCCAUUCUCAUUCCAGCCGGCGACACCGUUCCAGUCGUUCUCAUCAUGGAGGACUCACCCAUCAAAUGCAAAACGACUUUCCUAUUUUCACGCACACCGGCGAUGUCGAGAUUGUUGUGCGCGCAGGGGAUCAGGAGCGACGAUACCUCCUGCAUCGAUUGAUAUUGGCGCAAUGCUCGGGCUUCUUCGAGGCAAGUACCCGGGAGGAGUGGUCGCGACAAUCCAUUCCGAGGCCUCCAAACCUGGACACGGGCGUGCUGUCGAGGAUUAGUGAAGAUGCCUCUUCGCUAUCAAACGGAUCAACCUUGGCCCAAUCGGAAAGUGGAGGAUCCGCUUGGUCGGUCGAAAAGAGGCGCUGGAGGUAUGAACUGGACUGGGUAAACAAGGAGGAGGAUGAGGAGCCAAUUCUGGUACAGAAGCCUCCAAGCUUUUCCAGCGCAUUUGGUUGCGACGCGGGACAAUAUCCUCCAUCUGUGACCAAACCGUCCAGCUCUCAAACGGGCUUUGUCCGGUCGAUGGCCAACCUGGCCGGGAUGCAGUCGGUGGUCAACCUCCCUCAUCGAUCUGGGACGGCAAAUCCCCCUACAAACCCCAUCGUUCGCGAUUACGACAAUCUGUUCCGCCUGUUCUACAAUUACCCGCCGCUGCUCAACAGCGUCAACAUCGCAACCGCCUACGCCGAGUGCCGGGCCCUGCUCAACCUGGCCGACAUGUACGAUGCGCUACCUGUGACUGGACCUCGCGUCGACCACCAUUUACUGGGCUUUGGCUCGCGCCUCUUCAAGCAGAUCGCCAAGUAUCCCCCGAGCUACCUGAAGCUGGGCUACCUGGCGCGCAGCCGCGUCAUCUUCUCCGAGGCCCUCAUCCACGUCGUGGGACAAUGGCCGGCCGGCCUGCCUCAUCUGCGCAACGGACCAUAUUCGCCGCUCCCCAAUUCCGUCCUCGACAUCAUCGAGGAUAAGGUCGAGGACCUGGAAGACUUGAAAGCGCGCAUCGACUCCAAGCUCCUGCGGCUCACGCUGACCACCUCCCGCGGCGAGCGCGUCAGUCCCACCAACGCCUACCUGGACUGGCUGGCCGUCUCGCUCUUCCGACAAUGGCUCGUCGACAGCACCACUCCCCCGCCGACUCCCAUCCUCAAGAACUCUUCAGCGAAUGCACACGCCAGCACCAGCACCCACGGCAUUCGCAGUUCACAAUCGACCAGCCACCGCCCAACAGAAUCGACUUCCAAGCCCACAACCACCGCACCACCCUGGUCCGCUGCACGAGUCUACCGGCUCAUCGGCUCCCCCAGCAGCCAAGCCUACCUAUCACACGAGGACCUGAAACGAUUCCUCAAAGUGCACCCAACUCCUUCCUCGGAAUCACUGUAUACGCGCGAAGUCCUGAAACGGUUCGAGCGCAAAAUGGACGAGAUCAAGCGGCUGGCCCGCGAGAUAGUCAAGCCGCUCAUGCGCAAUUUCCUCGAAUUGGAUCUGAAGGGAAGCGAAUACAGCGAGGGUGGGUUGCCGUAUUUAACGUGCACUAAAGUCGACGACGAAGAUAUCCCGUGGGAGUGA